AGUGCUUCACUCGCCAGGGCAGCGGGAACGGCGUUCUCCUUCUCGUCAGCUGUGCCGCUUCUCUCGCUAGGCCGCUCUUCCGCAUUUGAUUUUUGGCCGCAGUGCCACCAGCUGACCUGCUUCGCCGUGCAGCUCGGGAAGAACGCCCACUCCCGGGGCCGUAUCAGUAUCUCUCCGAAGCCGGCGUGCCGCUGACGCGGAGCACCGUGUACCGGCAUCGUAUCUGCCUGCGCAGGACGGCAGACGCUCAGUUGACGCGGUGCGCGCUUCGAUGCUGGACAGUGCGUCUUCGAGUCCUUAAAUAUUCUUUUGGUGUGGCCGCUUGGACGCUCGAGAUCACCUGUUCUUUGUCGACCGCAUUUUCAAUCGUCGGUGCCGGCAUGCGCGCGCGCACGUCCGCGCGCAAAGUUAUUUGAAGUCGGUCUUCAGUCGUGUGACUUGCUCCAAGUGACCCACAAGCCGUUAUCGCUGCUCGGGAUUUGUUCCUUCGGCGCGCGCGUUUUGUGAACGUGUAGAUUCCGCUGUUUGGACAAUUGAUUCAACACCGUCUUUCGAGUGAAGGGUGCGAUGGCUGCAGUGUUGGCGACGUUGCGACCGCUGGUUUCCGAGAUACUGAUGCGUAUGCUGGACCGUAUCACGGAGUUGCUGCUGUUCGUGGCGAACUUGGCGCGGCGGAGACAUCGAGUUCAGGGGACGCGCGAUCCCUUGCUCCUCACGCCGGCUGUGGUGCUAGCCGACGCCAUACGACACGGUCGGGUGACUAGCGAGGAUGUGAUCCUGGCCUACCAGCGCCGCGUGCGCGAAGUGGACCCUGUGCUGAACGCCGUGGUGGACGAGCGCUUCGAGGCGGCUCUGGAAGAAGCCCGGGCAGUCGACGAACUCGUCAGAAGGAGCUCGCCCGAUGAACUAGAGCGCACCAAGCCUCUCCUCGGCGUACCUUUCAUUACGAAGAAUUCCGUGAUGAUUAAAGGUCUUGUUGUCGACGCGGGUCUUCCAGCGUGGCGGGGUGACCGUGCCGACCGUGAUGCCGAGGCUGUGAGGCUGCUUCGGGAGGCUGGUGCCAUUCCCGUGGCCACGACGAACACGCCUGAGUUGUGCCUCUGGACAGAGUCGUUCAACAAGUUGUACGGGCGCACACUCAACCCACACGACACUCGGCGCGCAGCCGGCGGAAGCAGCGGAGGCGAAGGCAGCCUUAUAUCUGCAGCGGGUGCGCUCUUGGGCAUCGGCACCGACAUUGGUGGCAGUAUACGACUCCCGUCUACAUACUGCGGCACAUUCGGGCACAUGACCACGCCUGGUGUCCUCUCUCACGACGGCCACAGGCACCCCUUCAAUGACGAGUUCAUGAAGUUGUACUCGACAGGACCAAUGACUCGCUACGCCUGCGACCUGAUGGCUAUGCUCAAGGCCAUGCUUCCACCGGACCAACUGGCGCGUAUGCAGCUUGACCAAAAGGUUGACCUGAGUAAAAUCAAGGUCUUCUACGCGGAGGACGAAGGAUGCAGCUUCUUCAGCCGCGUUCAUCCCGAUAUGCGCGAGGCAGUGCGGAAGGCAGCCAGUCACUUGAAAGAGCGUCACAGCAUCCAAGCAGAGCCCAUUAGGCUGGAGGCUCUCUCGUGCGGCUUCGAAAUGUGGCUGGCCAAGCUGAGUGCCAGCCAGGGCGAGCCGGCGACGCGCUUCUUCACCAAUGCUGGCGGCCGGCCCAUCAACACUUUCGUCGAGACAUUGAAGGUCCUCUGCGGAAGGUCACUACACACCUUUCCGGCUGUCAUGGUCACCGUAAUCGACCGCAUGUUGCCGAAACCUGACUCCGGCUACGUGCGGCGCUACCUGGCUAUGGCGCGCGACUUUCAGGAACGCCUUCUCUCUUUGCUGGGUGAGGACGGGGUGCUCAUCUGCCCCGCGGCUCUGGGGCCGGCACCGUUUCACAACGAGCACGCCAUGCGGCCAGGGCACGUGUCUCUCACAGCGCCGGCCAACUUGGCCGGCCUGCCAGCCACUGCCGUCCCGAUCGGAAUGACUACAGACGGCCGGCCAGUCGGAGUCCAAGUGAUGGCUGCCCCCUACAUGGACAGGCUCUGCCUUGCGGUCGCAACAGAACUGGAGGAGGCGUUCGGAGGCUGGCAGGCGCCUUUCGAGCUUGCCGGACAGGCUGCAAAAUUGUAGACAUCUCAUAGCUUGCAGAGACCACUUCUGAAGCAGUAGUAUGCGAGGUUGAAAAAUCAGACUGGUUUCAAACGCAACCUUGUAAAGGUCGACGAUCUUAUGUGUUAAUAUUGCGCACUUGAAAUGUAUGUUCACGGUUGUUCAUUCGGAAUAACAAUGAAUUUGCGUGAAAAUACGUGCUGCAGAGCUCUAUAGUCGGGUACAAUUAAAAAAAAGUAAGGGGGGGCCUCACCCAGGCAACGGAAUCGCGGCAGCCCAUCACCUCAUCGACUAACGAAAUAGUCACGCUCUUGCUUUCCGCAACAUUCUCUGCAGGCGGGGUCAACGACCCUCCAGCUCAUGACAUAAUUUUCGAGAACAUGCCCAUUGGUGCAGGAUUGUGUGCAUCCGCCUAUGACGGGGAAAUGCCGCGGACUUCUUAAGUUGUAACUGACUAUAGUUUGUGCAUGAUCACUGAAAUACAAAAAAGGUGCGUAGCAACCACAAAAAGAAUGAAGACACCCUUUUGCGUAUUGUCUUGAGCAAUUCUAUGAUGGUAACAUGUUCUUUUUGUAUACCACUAAGCAUUCACAUUGCCCUGAAAUGUUUCACCUGCCUUCAGCAAAGUCACAAGGUAUAGGAGUGUUGUAACACAUUGUGACAGGCCUGAUAAUAUACAACACGUGAUAGUGUGGAUACUUAUGUGUGAGCUUGCAUGGUGACAAAAAGAGCUUGGGGAAUUCAAACGUGGGGUUACUUGCUACAUCCAUUGCAGAAUUGACAAGUUAUGCUUACACUAAAUGUAUCUAUCACUACACAAAAAAUGGUGCUGGUUUGCGAAAGAUACAAGAGUAAGAGAAGAAAGAAAUGACUGAGACUUGAAUCUAUCAGGAGAAAACAGGGGUCUACUAGGAAGCCUCCUCAUGCUUUGUUCUAAUUACGAAGAUGUGCAUAAAUAAAUUCGCACGGGAACGUGAGUUGCCUGCCUUGCAUUCAAACGAUUUCACUGGAUUUUUAUCGGGUGUAGUCGGGCUAAAUACAGGAUUUUUUACAUGUGUUUUGUUGCUCAGUAUUCGAUUUAAAAUACAACGUACAGUGCCAAGUUAGAUACCCUUUACUAUUGCAGGGACAGCACUGUAGUGUAAAUACAAAAUUGGUUAGCUUUUAAUGCCACGAUUCCAAUUUGCAACGAGGUAAUGAGUGCAUAUAUGUACCAAAGUACUUUUUUGUAUCUUGCAACGCAGUAAACUGCGUUGAAGAACCUCACAAAGCGAAAAAACAUAAGUGAGAGUGUGGGGAUGACGCUUGUGUUUACUAUAGAUGAAAGUGUUAUUUUAGUAUUAUUGAAGGUACGUUCACGUUGACAUUAUAAGAAUGAGAAGAAUAUAAAAAAAUAGGUUAUUGUACUAACCAAAUUACUGAACCCUAACAAACCAAAUUAUAGGCAUCUAAGUACAUCAGCUGUAGUAUAUUCGUGUAGUCUUUGCGGGUUGGAUAGCGUACUAGCUUCUGCCACAGAUCUAGAGCUCUAAAACGCAGGUAUGUGCAUUUUUACAGUUGAAUAGUUAUACCCUAGUUAUCAAUUAGUAUACUUCCUUGAGAUUCAGGAGCAAUAAACUGCGCUUACAAGUAGUUGUAGCGUACUGGAAGCACCUGCGUACACUCUCCACCAUUGGUACCGAGUGUGACGGACUUGUCUCGAGAUGUUUUUUGAUGCAUUCAGGUGGGCAUUUCAGCGUUUUUAUGAAAAAUGUGGUGAGAGAGGGCACCAGUCACCUUCAGAAUUUAUAACACAGGGUUGUACCUAAGCAUCCAGUUCAACCCUCUGAACGAUGUGUGCCAUGCAGUUACUUGUAAGGUGUCUACCUUGUAAGGUUGUGCCUACCAUUGAAGGGGAAAAAAACUUCUCUUUGGGAAGUGUCUACUUCAUGAGUGUCAUUUUUUAACGUCUGAACAGGACUGCAUAAUCCUUGAGCCUGCUCAGUACUAAAUAUAAACUGCAUUGAGAACAAGCAUGCACACAUUGUAACCACUUACACAGGCUUUAGAGGUCAGUGCUUCGCGUCGAUUUUGUUGUCUGUCGGAGAAAAAAACGGUGACCUAAUCAACCGUCUCAAAAGCUGUUGUUUCACUGAAGCCGUACUUCUAUCUAGUGGCAAUACCUUCGGUGAUACUCUAAGGAUUUCUAACGUCAUUCCACGUUCAAACUUCGUAAAACACGUACAAAUUUAUUGUCUACUCGGAGCACUAUUCUAAAUGAUGGGCCUUUUUAGAGGCCUUUGAUGCACAGCACUUAACAUUCGGUAGAACUCAUAUUUCUCACUUUGUUUAGAGUUAGCCCAUUUCGAUGUGCAAAAAAAAGAAGUAAUUCGAGCACUCUAUUCCAUCAAGGCUAGAAUAGAGUGUGGAACUAAAGUAUUCUGGUAAUAAUGUGCACUUGAUUGUCGGACGCGCUAGACACUGACUUAACGGUUACCCUUAACAAACAAAGUGCCUUGACACUCCAAAUGUGUCAGGCGCUGUAGGUGUUGGAAAUAAAUAAAUAAAUAAAUGAAUAAAUAAAUACACGGGCACAUUUAAAGUUGCGGAGAUGCAGUGGGGAGUUUCGUAGCUGAAGAAAAAGAUGACACUGCUGAUCACAAAAGGAAAGUAGCUCUCAAGGAGACAGGGUUAUUUUAUGAAGGUGGAAUUACAGCUGAUUUCUGUAAAAGACAGAUUGGCAAAAAAAAAAAACGAUGCCAGGUGGGACCGGGAGCCACGCAGCCGUUACUAAUGAUGGCCCCAAUACCUUCGUCACCAGGCCUAAUUGUUUCAUCACUAGUGCCGCAGAUGCUUGCUAGCAUCGUCGAUGCUGAAUCGAAUAACCGCCUGCGCAUCCCGCAUAUGUGAAUAUCGGCUUAUGUGCUCUUUGUAAAAAGAUUAAGAGUACGGUACUGCAUAAUCUAGGAGCAUUCCGAACUUGCUAAACAACCAAUCAGCUCACUUAAACGAAAUACAAAAUCUUGGGCAUUUUCGCGACAAUAUACGCGCAAACUAUGACCCUGAAACACAUUUCAACUGUCUUCCCUCGACACGCCAUAAAUAUAAACUAUGCCAUAAAAACAUAGGCCAUAUUUCCUAGAGCCCAUUACUUCAACUGUUAUUAUGAACGUUAACCUGAUCUUUGUCUCUCUAGAAAUGUGUUUCAUGCUGAUUACAAAAAAUAUAUGUAUCAAUCGAUUGCCCUUCUUUUGCUUUGAUUUCUGUAUAUUAACUCGGCAAGUGUACUUAUUGGGAUUUUUUGCCAUGUUACUUCAUGCACUGUGGGGGAAAUGGGACCAGUCAAGCUGCUUUAAAGCAACUUUUAUUUUGACAUCAUUGCUGUUUAUGGAUGCUGUGUACUUACGCGGUAAUAAACUUCAAACUUCAGACAAU